AUGAAGGCGAGAAUGAAUGCUAAUCCCAAUGUAAACAUUGUGCAUGCAUGCAUGGCGAUGUUCUUGCUUGUUUCACGAUUUUAAUUAAAUGUGAAUGGAUCAAUGACGUCGAGCGUCAACCUGACGGAACCGCCGGAACUGAUCAAGAAAGGUCUGGUGACAUGCCGGGUGUCCCACACCGAUCAUCCCUUCGGUGUUUUCUACGGCCAAAAUCCCUUGGAUUUCUCAUUCCCCCUUUUCCUCCUCCAGAUUUCCACUCUCAUUCUCAUCACCCGUCUCCUCCGUUUCCUCCUCAAGCCCCUCCGCCAGCCCAAUGUCAUCUCCGAGAUCCUCGGCGGUAUCAUACUGGGGCCGUCGGUGCUAAGCCGGAGCAACAGGUUCCGCGCCUACAUUUUCCCACCGGAAUUCAAAUACGUGAUCAAGAACGUGGGCUUAGUAGGGCUGAUCUACUUCGUCUUCAUCUCCGCCGUGAAAAUGGACAUCAUGGAAUUGAAGAGAGCAGGAAAAAAGCACUGGUUUAUCGCUGCCUUUGGUACGAUAAUGCCGAUUUGGUGCAGUGUGACUGUGGGGUUGCUGCAGAAGAAGUCGAUGAAUGUCGGCCUUGCAAACUUCUCCGCUAUUUGGGGGAUCAGCUUAAACUUAUCCAUGGCAGCUUUCCCGGUAGUCUACCCCAUCGUCAGGGAGCUCAAUCUGCUCAGCUCCGGGAUCGGCCGCAUGGCCUUAACCACCACCAUGAUCUGCGACCUCAUCGGAGUGCUCGCGCUCGUCGUCUUCGAGAUGCUCAUUCAGAGCCAGCGGAGGCCGAUAUUCUCCUUGUUUUACCUCCUCUCCUUCAUCGCCGUGGCGGCCACAUGUGUUGGUGGAGCCAGGCACGCCAUGGCAUGGAUCGUUAGGUCCACCCCGGAGGAGAAGCCAGUUGGCGAAGCUUACAUCACCGCGGUUUUGGUGGCAGUGAUGGUGGCGGGGUUUGUGACCGACACGUUCGGGCUGACGGUGGCCAACGGGCCCAUGUGGCUGGGUCUUGCCGUCCCCACGGGGAAGUGGGGGCCUCCGUUGGGGACGGCUCUCGUGGAGAAGAUGGAGACCAUCGUGAGGGACAUUCUCAUGCCCUUCUCCUACAUGUACAUUGGUUUGGUGUUCGACAUCGCCUCCGUGGCCGGCCAUUGGUCUCAUUUCCGGCCGCUUAUGCUCAUGGUUGUGUCUGCUUAUGUGGUGAAGAUGGUCUCCACUUUUACAGCCUCGCGUCUAAACCACAUGAGCAUCAGAGACAGCCUCACCCUCAGCCUUCUGCUGGGAGUCAAGGGUCAAGUGGAUUUCCUCUUGUUCGUCCAUUUGAAUGAUUUGAAGAUACUUGACACGCCGCAUUUCACGGCCAUGGCUCUCUCGGCCGCCACAGUGACCGCCGUGGUGACGCCGCUCAUCAGCAUCCUCUACGACCCCACGCGGCCCUACCUGCUCGACAAGAGGAGGAACAUCCAGCACUCCCCUCCCAACGCUCAGCUCCACAUUCUGGCUUGCAUUCACUCCCAAGAAAAUCUCUCCGGCCUCAUGAGCUUGCUCCAAGUCUCAAAUCCCACGGCAUCCACGCCUCUAUCUGUCGACGCCCUCUGCCUGGAGGAGCUCAUCGGCUCCAACCCCGUCCUCAUCGACCACCAGGCAGAGGACGAGGACGAGGCGCCGGAGAAAUCGACCGUCCACAACGCCUUGAAGAUGUUCCAGGAGGCCAGGGGCGGCGACUGCCUUAAGAUAUUCUACUACACCACCAUCACCUCCAGGAGGACCAUGUACCAGGACAUCUGCGAGCUGGCGCUCGCCAACAAGGCGUGCCUCGUCGUCCUCCCCUUGGAGGAGGGUGGCCAGCCCCUCAACUCUGAGGUUCUGGUCCACGCGCCCUGCUCCGUCGCCAUCCUGGUGGACAGAAGCCCGCGCCAGAACCUCAUCCAUGGGGCUCUGAGGAGCCCCAUGCGCCACCUGGCGCUGCUCUUCCUCGGAGGGGCGGAUGCCAGAGAGGCGCUGGCGUAUGCUGACCGCAUGGCGGGGAACCCGGACGUGUGGCUCACCGUCGUCAGAUUCCUCCCCGAGAACAGCGAGGGAGAUAAGAGCAUGGAGAAGAAGCUGGACGACGGGUUGGUGACGCAGUUCUGGCUGAAAAGCGAAGGGAAGGAGCAGAUCAUUUAUCGGGAGGUGGUGGUGAAGAACGGGGAGGAAACCAUUGCUGCUAUACAGGGCAUGGAUAAACAGAGCUACGACCUGUGGAUUGUGGGGAGGAAGCAUGGCAUAAAUCCUCUCCUUUUGGGAGGAUUAUCGAAUUGGAGCAAUGAGAACGAGCUCGGAGUUAUAGGAGAGUUUAUUGCCUCUGCAGAUUUCAACAGCAGGGCUUCUGUUCUCGCAGUGCAGCAGCAGAUUUUACGAGGCCAAGAAAAGGUUUCUGCUAGUCUUCUUAGAGGCUUCUCUCUUUACAUGUAACUGGUAGAAUUUACAAUCUGUACAUAGCAACACCAACCUAAUGAAUUACAUUUAAAGGAACUUCUUACACAA